GGAAUGACCCAUUCGGCACCGUAGUAAGUUUUUCGCACCGAGCUAGCUAUUACUGUUUUCACAUAGAACCAAUCAAAUGACUCACGCACGUGUAGCAAUAAUCACGUACUUUCUAAUAUCAGUAGUACGUACAGCAUGACGACAUUAGCACUAGUGGGUGGCCGCUAGAUUCCACGGGUUAACAACACCACUACACCACUACACCACACCGUCAACACCAUCAACACCAUCAACAUCAUCAACACCAAAAGAAGCAAACCACAACGAAACGCGACACGACAGUAAACAUGAUCGACGACAAGAUUSGUAGCGAUUACCACCAUCAACAACCCUAUAAUCCGGGGCGAACGCAAGAGCAGGAGCAGACUUUUAUGUCAAGCGAUAGCAAUUAUACUAGUCACAAACAGCAACAACAGAAUAUGAUUCUACCAGAAAAUCAUCUCUCGUAUGACAACAGCAAUAUCAACAGUAGUAGCAGUAGCUCUGAUUUUCUGCUCCACGCCGAUGCUAGAUCCGUGGACCGGCUCCUGGCGAGCGAGCUCAACUCCCUGUCGUUCGACGACCGCGAGGCCAUGAUCGAAGAGAUGCACGGGGUUCGAUCCCUGGCUCCCUCCGAGAACGCUUCCAUGAUCCGAGCCUCCCUCCAGGAUCUAGAACGCGAAAUCCACGMAUUGCUAAGGGACAAGCUCCUCAGUUUCGGUGGAGGGUUUCAAUCCCCGUCAAACACGUACCGGUACCUCUCGGGCCUGCUCUUUGCCUCGCUGGCGGCCUCGGAAGCCAAUUCCAAGCCUGCGGAAACCGGGAACAGCUCCAUUGGACAAGCAGAAACGCAAUCGCUACCGCAURCCCACCUACAYGCAUGYAAUGCAAGUCMUGUAACGCCAAUSGAGGCAUUUUCAUUAUCGGCAACCACAGAACAACAGAAUCAUCAUCAACAGCAGCAGCAACAUCACGAAUACCCCUCGUUUCCGACGUUGUCUUCACAAGUGUUCACGGGCCAAUACGGGACAUCCACGCAUCCACAAAAUGUUCCUAGCGAUUCCAACCUUCCGAGAUAUCGACCMAGCAGCAACACAGAUCACGGCCGCGAGUGCGACCACCAGAAAUACAGAUACGCCGUAUCCGAUCACUUCCGCAUCAAGUUCUUGCGUGCCGACCUUUUCGACGUCCCAAAGGCGGCGGCCCGGUACGUCAAGUGCAUCGAUUUCCUGGUCGAGUACUUUGGUGAGGUAGCCCUGGAGCGGCCCAUCUGCCUCCGCGAUCUCAACAAAGAAGAGCAGAAGCUGCUCAGGGAGGGUCGCGCCCAGCUCAUGCCCUCCCGGGACCRCYUCGGACGGCGGAUCAUUGCCUUUCUGGGGGCCAUGGGGGCGGGGCACUCCCACACCAACCGGUUCCGGGUGGUCAUGUACCUGGUCUUCCAGGUUGCCUCCGACGACGCCACGACACAGCGGAACGGCCUCGUGGCUCUUUWCCAUAGCGGCGGGGACCACCAGGGCCAGCAGUUGCUGGACUUUUUCAAGCUGGCCGUCCAUCARAACGAGUCCCUCCGGUUCUUUGCAGCGGCCCCGGUCCGGUAUUCGGCCUUCCACUGYUUCCUMCCCRMYACCAGCGGGGGCAUCGGARUCAUCCUCAACAGCAUUGGGAAGCGGACCAGGCUCAUCACGCGGGUCCAUGCGGGUACGUACCCAACUGCGCUAAGACACGGCAAUUGUUAGCUGUUUUUGUUUUCUAUCGGUCGUGCCUUUUCGCUGCCCAGUGCAAUAYAUUUGUUGGUGUCUAGUGUGUUUUGUUACAGGUGAACGAUUGGACGUAUCUCGAAGGCUGUAUGGUGWUUUGUUCUCAAUGAUAAUUCAAUUCGAAGUACCCCACUCAAACAGGGUCGACGUUGACUCGGUGCGAYACGAAACCAAAUCGACUCACUCAAUCUUUAUUCAAYAGUUUCUAGCGUUACAGAGACAUCAUACAAGCUGCGGUGCUUCGGGAUACCACCAGAYGAUUUUCCCGUCACGAGUUCCGGAUCGGUCAAGACCAAAAAAUUAAUGAAGUGGAUCAAGCUUCGGCUCGCCAUAGAAAAAGCCCGCGAAAAAGAAGAGAAAAAUCAAUACCUGUCGGCUACCGACUCCACGCCACCAUCACAAUUCAUGGYCACCGACCUCUCAGCGAUGUUGUCUCCUUCCUGUUUUAUCAUCGAGUGCCCCGAUCUCGACAGCGUUAUUUUUCGCAACGGCGGGGUAGCAUGGGACCAUCCAGCAAACGUCAAGUUUCGGGCCAUUCUAACCCGCCGUGAGCAGGAACGGAGCUCUCAGAAAACAAUUGCUCAGAAAAGCGCGCUCCUGGACGAAAUCGUGGAGGAAGCCUGGUCGAUCGGGCUGAACUUUCUCUUCUACGACGAGGUGAACGAAUGGUACAAACUGAUACGGGACUACGCAUUCCUCCGCAAGAAGGUCUUCCAGGCCCUCCGCGACCAGAGCGCAAGGCGAAAGCGUGGGCUCGCCGGGCCGGGUUCCUGCRAGCGGAGGAARAAGAUUGCACUCUGUCAGGUGGGGGAUAGCAGCACGACGCUCUUUAUGAAUCUCGACAACGCCAAAUCAAGAAAGCAGCGAGUGAGCCGUUCCGCGAUCCGCUGACUUAGUACCUCUUGCCUUUCCUCCCCCAUCGACAACCAAGAGAAUAACUGAAUCUCUUCUGG